ACACCAAUGUAUAAUUUAGUUGGCUGCCAACAAACCUCCGGAGACCGGGACUUUCACUGAAGAUUUUACAGAUAAGACUGGAGUUGCCCAUUCAUUGGGAUAUUUGAUAGUGACGAAGGAAUGGAAGACGUCGAUAGAUGUGAGGAGGAGCUUAUUGAGUAUGCCAUUCGAGAGAGUAUUCGAGAUGUACCAAUAGACAGCAUACGAACAGUCAGUGGUGACUAUCUGAGGAUAGUGACUGCCAUCGAGCAAGGUGAUGUGUGUACCCUGCAGGAGCUGUCUGGGUUGCAGGCUUUCACAGAGAGGGACAGCAGAGGGUGGCUUCCCCUACACAGAGCCGCUGUGCAGUCCCAGGGAGAGGUCUUGGAUCAGGUUCUGCUGGCUUCCUGUGAUGUGACUGUGGAUGAUGUAACUGCAGACGGUGACACAGCGUUGAUUCUGGCUGCUCAGGAGGGUCUGCUGGAGAACGUCAGGACUCUACUGCAGCAUGGAGCGUCUCCACACAAAACCAACAGCCUGAACGAGUCCCCACUGCUGCUCGCGGUGAGAGAGGGAUCAUAUGACAUGGUGUCCACUCUGAUCAUUUGUGGGGCAUUCGUGGAACAGGUGUGUCUGAAGAAGUGGAUGGCCAUUCACGAGGCAUCCAAGGUGGGCUGCAGUGCCAUCCUGGUGCUUCUGCUGAGACAUGGGGCCAAGGUGACAGCUGUAGAUGGGCACAAUGUCACCCCGCUGGGCAUCGCAGCAGAGUACGCCCACGUGGAGGCCCUGGAUAUACUCAUAAAGAACGGUGGCGACGUGAACGCCCAGGCAUAUAACGGAGACAGUGUUCUGUACGAUGCAGCCGGCUCAGGGAACCUGGACUGCAUAUACCUCCUCCUGCAAGCUGGAGCCAACCCUAACAUAGCAAGUCUGGCCUGCCAGCUGCCCAUACACAGAGCUGCCUAUGAGGGACACAUCCUUGCUCUGAGGACCUUCAUCCCCAUCACAACUAAGAGGGCCAUCCGUCUGUCUGGCCAGAGCCCAGUCCACUCGGCAGCAGAUGGAGGCCAUGUUGACUGUCUGGAGCUGCUCAUAGAGAAAGGCUUCGAUGUCAACGCUCAGCUGGACACACACAUCUCAGAGAACUACGGGGACAUGAGGCGGAGUCCGCUCUACUUCGCCGUAUCCAACAGUGAUCUCACCUGCACAGAGAUGCUGCUGGCUGCCGGCGCCAAAACUGACCUGGACCCGCUACGCUGCUUCCUGGUGGCUGUACGCGCUGGGAGGUAUGAGCUGGUGCGUCUGCUAUUGUCCAGGGGUGCCGAGGUCAACUGCUACUUCAGAAUGAUCAGUGACACACUGUUUCCCACCGCGUUGCAGUACUGUCUCAGAGAUCACACGAUUCUGCGCCUGCUGCUCAACAACGGCUACGACGUAGACAAGUGCUUCAUGUGUAACCAUGGCAACGGGCAGGAUAUGGACUGCGACUCCUGGGUCGACUACCGAAAUAACCAUAGAAGAACUUUAUUUUAUAAUCAGGACUGCCGAGCUCCGUUCUGUGAAAUCAUCUCCCUGUCGUCGGUGGUCAACCUGGCGGGGAGUGUGGUACGGAUGCUUCUGGACUACAUCCGACACCCACGUAUCUGCCCCAACCUCCUACGGGUCCUGGAAAAACAGAAAGAGUGGCCAGACAUCUGUGACAUUCUGGACAACCCGCGGUCCCUGCAGCACCAGUGUCGUUUGGUCAUUAGGAGACAGAUGACCCCUAGAAGACUGAAUGCCCCUCAGGUCAUGGCUGCCGUACCGUUCCCCCCGUCACUCAAACACUACCUCACCUACAGGGAGAACGACGAGUAUGAUGGGUUGGCAGCCACACACUCAUAAGAGGACUAUAUCAAUGAAAACAUAUUUAGAAGAAAAGAUUAUCCUGUUCUGUACAUAACUGAUCUAUCACAUAAUGCUUUAGCUCAUAUACUUGUGCUUAUAUGAGGUAUGGCAAGUGUACUUGUUUUGUAAUGUUUGUAAUAACUACAUUUAUUGUCACACUGAUAUAUGCUCUCUGAAUAGUCCUUACCAUAGUACAUCUACUUCUACUAGACUGCACACAUUAGACAGCACAGCUGUGCAUCAUGGUACAGUGCAUGUCGUGUGAUCUACUCCUCAAGAUCUCCCCAUGGGAAAAGCAGUUCAGGACUAAAAAUAACUCUCAGAGCUCAUUCAGUUUAUACAUAGAGCUAAACACUCACUGGACACUGGUCUGAAUGACUCUGCUGCAAUGGACUGUUGACUUUUACAGUGACCCUGACACCUACCUGACUCAUUAGACCAGGGCUUAAAUCUAGAGAGAUCUAGACAUCCAUAUUAUACCCUCGAGGUUCUGGGAGUUAGUUGUGGAGCUCUGGAUCUGAGACUGUGUUGUCACUAGCCCUGUUUAUACCUGGUGCUAACAUGGAUUCUUUGUCCUGAUCUUGUCCACAUUCUGAUUGUGCCCACAUUUUUAGACAUGUGUAGACGAUUAAAAGAUGCAUUGUGAUCAGAUUUCACUGACAACCUCCGGAGGUAGUCAGGCGUGCAAGUGUAGACUGAUCUGGACAGUGAAACAAUUUAAAUCAUCAUUAUCCAGCACUCUAAAAUCAUUGACAAGUGACUCAAUAUGAGUCUUAAAAUAAGUAAAUACAUGAAAGAAUGUUUGAAAAUGUGAAUAUUGACAAGAUCAGGACAGGAUGCAUGUUUGCACCAGGUAUAAACAAGGCUACGGAGGCCUGUUGGGUGUACUACAAAGCAGAAUCAAUGAGUUAGCCAGCUAACUUUGAUAAACAACCAGAAAUAACUAUACAUUUUCAGGUUUAUUAUGAAAGCUUAACUUAGAUACUGUAUGUGUUUUUGGAAGUUGAAUCAAUCAGACCAUUCCAAGCGUAUCCUUAUGAAACAAAUAAGAAGUUAUUUCAGAAUAUUUAGGAGUUGGCUGGCUAACUCAAUGAUCCUGCUGUGUAGUGCAACCCUCAGCUCAACUCUCCCUGGCACACAGAGAGGGUAUGAGCCAGAUCUCGUAACAUUCCCCAAAUACAUGUUAGGAUUUUGGCCGUUUUCCCAAAGCAAAGUCAAGUAACCCUAAAAUACCAUUUGGUGGUAAUGUUACAAUCAGCAUCCACACACAUGACUAUAGUCCUAUGCAGUGCCUGGUAUCCUCCACUCCAACCAAGCCUAAGGCCUUUCCAGUUGCUGUAUUCAGAAAUCAUAUAGUUUAUUUAUUUAACUAGGCAAGUCAGUUAUUAACAGUCGGUUAAACUGCCUUGUUCAGGUGCAGAAUGACAUAUUUUUCACCUUGUCAGCUCAGGGAUUUGAUCUUGCAACCUUGCGGUUACUAGUCCAACGCUCUAACCACUAGGCUAUCUGCCGCCCCAGUGAAAUGUUUCAAGUGAAGAACACCCCAGGUAACUCACUGAACCAAACGUGGUUUCUGUUGUUGUGACGGCACAGCUAGCGGAGGGUAGACAAGAGUAGCAUGGUCCAAUGUAGAAUUACGUUGAGAGAGUUCUAGCAUUUCCAGACUAUUGUUGUUAUCUGAACAGCAGCAUUCCUGCCCUGUCAACACCAGCCUGCCGCUCAGAGACACAGUGGAGUGGAAACUGUGUUCCUACCCACUAGUCAUACCAUAGACCAGGGAUCUCCAACCCUGUUUCUGGAGAGCUGACCUCUUGUAGGCUUUUGCUCUAAUCCCAGUUUUAUCUAACCUGAUUCAGCUUAUCAACCAGCUAAUUAUUAGAAUCAUGUGAGCUAUAUUUGUUAUUUGGUAUUUUGUUAGGAUCCCCAUUAGCAGCGACUCCUCCUGGGGUCCACACAAAACAUGAAAACAUGACAUAAUACAGAACAUUAAUAAACAGCUCAAGGACAGAACUACAUACAUUUUUUUUAAAAGGCACACAUACUGAAGCCUAGAUAUCAAUACAUACACACAAAUAUCUAGGUCAAAUAGGGGAGAGGCGUUGUGCCGUGAGGUGUUGCUUUAUCUGUUUUUUGAAACUAAGUUUGCUGUUCAUUUGAGCAAUAUGAGAUAGAAAGGAGUUCCGUGCAAUAACGGUUCUAUAUAAUAUUAUACGCCUUCUUGAAUUUGUUAUGGAUUUGGGGACUGUGAAAAGACCCCAUGUGUGUAAGUUGACUACGCAAACAAUUUUGAAUUUUCAACACUGUAAUGUUUCUUAUAAAAAUAAGUAAUGCAGUCAGUCUCUCCUCAUCUCUUAGCCAAGAGAGACUGGCAUACAUACUAUUUAUAUUAGCCCUCUGAUUACAAUGAAGAGCAAGAUGUGCCACUCUGUUCUGGGCCAGCUACAGCUUAACUAGGUCUUUUGCAGCAUUCAUUACCAGAUCCAGCUGAGGUCUAGAGCUUACGGAAUGAUGUACCAAAUACAAUGCUCUGAGUUUUAAAGAUGUUCAGGACCAGUUUAUUACUGGCCACCCAUUCCAAAACUGACUGCAACUCCUUGUUAAGGGUUUAAGUGGCUUCAUUAGCUGCGGUUGCUGACACGUAUAUGUUUGAAUCAUCAGCAUAUACGGACACACAGGCUUUGUUUAAUGUCAGUGGCAGGUCAUGGGUAAAAACAGAAAACAGUAGAGGGCCUAAAGAGAUGCCCUGCGGUACACCACACCCUACAUGUUUGACAUUAGAGAGAUUUCCAUUAAAGAAAACUCUCUGAGUUCUAUUCGAUAAAUAGCUCGGAAUAAAACAUAUGUCAGGGGUUGAAAAGCCAUAAAACAUCGGUUUAGUCAACAACAGUUCAUGGUCAACAAUAUCAAAGGCUGCACUGAAAUCUAACAGUACAGCUCCCACAAUCUUCUUCUUAAUUUCUUUCAACCAUUCAUCAGUCAUUUGUGUCAGUGCAGUACAUGUUGAGUGCUCUUCUCUAUAUGCUGAAAGUCUGUUGUCAAAUUUGUUUACUAAGAAAUAGCCUUGUAUUUGGUCAAACACCAUUUUUUCACACUGUUUGCUAAGAGCUGGCAUCAAGCUGAUAGGUCUGCUGUUAGAACCAGUAAAGGCUGCUUUACCACUCUUGGGUAGCAGAAUGAACUUGGCUUCCCUCCAGUCCCGAGGAGAAACACCUUCCUCUAGACUCAGAUUAAAGAUAUGACAGAUAGGAGUGGCGAUAGAGUCAGCUACCAUCCUCAGGAGCUUUCCAUCUAUGUUGUCAAUGCCAGGAGGUUUGUCAUUAUUGAUCGAAAACAAAACAUUUUCCACCUCUCCCACACUGACUUUACAAAAUUCUAAUUUACAAUUUUCUUUCGUUUUUUGAUGCAUGAAUAUGAUGUUUCACUGUUCGUUGUUGGCAUUUCCUGCCAAAGUUUUCCCACUUUGCCAAUAAAGUACUCAUUAAAAUAA